AUGCCUGCCCAAGCGCGCGAAAACCGCAUCAUAGCAUUCAACAUCAUCGCCCGUAUCGCUACGCUCCUGCGCAAAACCCCCCAAGGCAAACCACUGCUCGACAAAGUCAACUACGACAUCGCAACCCUCCUCACCGCAACCACAGAAGACACCCCGUCCCACCCGAUUCUAAACGAGCUCCUCCAGCACCGCGAAGACGUCCUGGCCGAGAAGUCAAGAUCCACCGCCCAUUCUCAGCAGCCCGCCAAACACCGUUCUCCAGAUCCACGCGCCGCACACAAUCCUCGCACCCUGGCGCAUCCCGAUUCUCAUCCCCAGCAGCCGCGGCAUGCGCGUCCGCCCUCCCAGUCCCCAUCACCCCCUCGCCAACGCUCCCGCUCUCGUCGCCCAUAUCCCGACCCGCACAACGCCCCGCCAGAACACCACAUGUCCGGCGCCCUCGCCGCCGACGACCCCCGCGCCACAGGCCCUAUUCAACCCCACUCCGCCGACGACGAUGGGUUCGUGACACAAUCUCGACAGCACCGCCGCCGCCGCAGAAGCAGACGGUAUAAGAGGCCUUCACCGCCGCGCUUCAGCGUAAGAAAGGGGCUAGGCGCGUUUGUGCGCGAGACAGUGGCAUGGGAAGUAGAUAAGGUGCGGCAUGCGCAGAAGAAGGAGGAGAGAGCGAGCAGGGGCGGUGGCAGUGAGCAGGGCAGUGGGACGGGUGAAAAUGAAGACCGCGCGAGCAAGGACGAAGGAUACGAGCACGGAUACGCAGAGAGUGGUACCGAGUCCGACAGACAGCGUGGCCGCGCACGACACAGACGAGAUGCACAAAGCCACAGUUACCGCGACGAGCGAGGCAGGACUAGGUUCGUGUAUGAGGAUAGCACGCCGACACGAUACACCGCAUCCACCGAGCGCCAUGCCGACGCAUCCUAUGACAAUAUACAUGUCCACCCACGCAGACGAAAACGUCGGUACCACGCGCACGAUCCUGCUCAUCAGCCGACUCGCGCUCGUGGUAGUGCUGUGCAUAGCAUUAUAUCUAGUCUCUCGGCCCUGCGUCUCCCGGGUGUUAAUGCGCCGCCUGUGACGGAGGCUCAGCGGAGGGAUUUUUAUGGUCUUACGAGGCGUGGGGUGUGA